GAAGAAAAAAAAAAAAAUUCCCUACUCUCUCUUGACUCACGAAAGAGGGAAAAAAAUCAGUGUUCUCUCUUUCUCUUUCGCGUCUCUCUCUCGUCUUUUGGAUCGUACGCGGGCCUCUGGUUUGGAGUCAGGAGGAGAUUAGAGUGUUUGAUUGUGGGGGAUGGAAGAACAGUUCAUUCUCCGGGUCCCUCCGUCUGUUUCCGAAAGGAUCGAACGCCUUUUGAACGACAGUUCCGCUUCUUCUUCGUCCGAGGAUGCCUCACUUGAUCUUUCCUUCACGGAGGAUGGAAGGAGUGGUACAUUUCAAAUUGGCAAUGAAAAGUUUUCUGCCUCCCUCUUGGAUCUCCCUACUGUGGUGGAAUCCUACAAAACAUAUGAUGAUAAUGUGCUAAUAAAAACGGCUGACAUUGGUCAGAUAAUCAUGGUAAGGGAAGAAGGAGAUCCUGCUCCCGAAGGGAUUGAGUGCAAACAUGGCCUUACCCCUCCCAUGAGAGAUGCUCGGAAGCGAAGGUUCCGCAGAGAACCUGAUCUGAAUCCUGAACUUGUCCAGCGCGUGGAGAAAGAUCUGCUGAACAUAAUGUCUGGUGGAACAGUAGAGAAUCAUAUUCAUGGGGGCGAGCGAGUAAAGGCCAAUCCAGCACCUGCCCCAAAACCUGAUGCCAUCCCUGUGGAGGCUGCAGUGAACAAUGGUGAAGCUGAAAGAAGUGAUUCUGAUGAUUCACUGGAACCAGAAGAAAAUUGAGCAUUCAUGGAGGAAGCGCAAACCUGAUGCGUCUUGGAUGGCUGCACCCGCAAUUAUGCUAUUGCUGUGAAUUGUUCCUAAGUUGGAGUAGAGAAGACGCGUUUGAGAGUAUUCAGCAGUCCUUCUAUUCUGCAUUAAUGUUUGUACUUGAGAUUGCAACAUAGGAGACAAGUACUAAGAUUAUGCAGUGCUCAAUAUUUCGUUGUAGGAAUCUACUGAUUGUGGCUUGUAAUUUGUGUGUAGUACUUUUUUUCUUUUUUGUUGAAGAAGCUUACCCUUUAUUACUUCAUUCCCCGGUUUUAUCUUUA